AUGAUCGAGAGUGAUAUUCAAAAUCAGGUUGCUUCAGAGGAAAUAAUUAAAGAGCUGUGCACCUGUAAUGGGCUGUGUUAUGAGAGAAUUGAGCAUGAAGGAGCUGAAACACAAACCCUGGAGAUGUUUUUCUCAGGCUACCCCAGAAUUGUAGGUCUGUCGUUUUUUCCUAAUUUGACAAGCCUGACUCUUGUUAGGCAAAGCAUACAGACGAUUUCUGACCUGGAGAACUGCCCAUUACUUAGAGAGCUUUGGCUGGCUGAGUGUUGCUUGACAAAAAUUGAAGGUCUGAGUCAAUGUGUUCAUUUGCAAAAACUUUACCUCUACUGCAAUAAGAUUUCAACGAUUGAAAAUCUGGAAGAUCUGACAAAAUUGGAGGUUGUUUGGCUUAACGGGAACCAGAUUAAAGAAAUUGAGGGGCUGUCUACACUGCAGAAUUUGAAGGAGCUCAAUCUUGCAGGGAACUCCAUCAGCAAAAUUGGACAUCGCUUGGAUACUAGUGGACAAAUAGAAAAAUUAAACCUGUCUGGUAACAGAAUAUGCUCCUUUAAGGAAAUCACCAAUUUGGCAAGACUCUAUAACUUAAGAGAUUUAUGUCUGAAUGACCCCCAGUAUGACCCCAACCCAGUUUGUCGCCUCAGCAAUUACGCAACGCACGCCCUGUAUCAUAUCCCUCAGCUUCAAAGGCUCGACACGUAUGAUGUUGCUUCAAAACAGAUUAAGGAGCUGGCAGAGGCCACCGUGAUGAAAAAGGUGAUGUAUUACAACAUGCGCAUCAAGAGUGCUCAGCGACUGCUCGAGGAAGAGCUCGAUAAGCUAAGAGAGAGGAAAUGCAAGCUGCAGAAGCUGCCUGAAGAGCGAAUCAAGCAUUUCAGCUGCAACAUCAAACAUCUGGAACGUGAACUGGAGGACCUGCAGGCCUCCAGCAAACUACGCAUGAGAGUACCCAGGACCUUUGAUGAUGAAAAGUCAGACUGGGACAGCGAAAGCAUCAAUGAAGCCUCCAAGGAAUUCAGUACAGAGCAGCAGUUCCUACAUAAAUUAGAGUGCCUCAAAAAAAGAAUAACCUUCUGGAACAAAAAACUAGAGGAAGUUGAAGUGAUUUAUCAACUGGAAGUCAAGAAGAAGAAGAAAACCAGUAAUCUGGCUGUGCAGUUUUUGCUGACAGAACUGGAGACAGUGGGAAACACACGCUUCGAAGAGGGUUCACCGAGUGAUCCCUGGUUUAAUUCCUGCUAUGACUUAAUCUUAUCCCGGUUUUGUGCCUUGGACUUCAAAUCAUAUGGUAUUACAGGUGUGAAAGUUAACCGCGUCAUCAGGGUACACAACCGGAUUUUGAGGCUGAAAUUCGAGGAGAAGUUCCAGGACUUCAUGGAGGAAGAAGAUUUGAAUGAUUCCAUAGAUUACCGGAAGAUGCUAGAAUACCUCUUCUAUGUAUCAAACCCCGAAGUACCUUUGAAGAAAAAACAAAUGAUGCAAAUCCUGGAGGAAGGCUUCCAGGAAACCCAGAAGGCACCUGGCAGCGAAGAAGCCGUUUUCCUAUCAAACAGCCUAAGUAUCUGUGAAUGCCCUAGAAUUGAAUACUUGCAAAAACAAGCCAGAAGCAAAGGGGAUUUUGACGAAUCAUACAGGCAGGGGAAGCUCAUAAUUUCGAAAGUGUUUCUUGGGAACAGUGUGCAGGCUCAUCAUGAGACAGAGCCGAUCAUCCAAGCCAACUUCCCCGGGGCCAGUUCUGUGUUCAGGCCUCGGCAGUAUGUAACCUGUUCUUCCCAGCAGUUCCGGAACUGUGACUGCAGCCUCCGGCAGUGUGAGUGGUUUGUGUUCGAUCCCGACCUGGUGUUGCCAGAGUACGUUGUCGAGUUUGAGUUCGUCACUUUGGUCAAAAUGGAGACUCUGUUCACCUCGCUCAGCAAUGUGGUUGCAGAGGAAGGAAGGAGGAAUUCGGCGGGCUUCAUUCUGUCUCGGGAUCUGCAAUGUGACGACCAGGUUUUGAACAUGGAACCCAUCGUGAAGCCGAAGCCCAAAAUUGUCUGCUUGGAUGAAAAAACCAUCCUGACGGUUGCUGGGGCCAACAUCUACAAUCAGAUAACAGUUCUGAACUUGCAUGGAAACCGGGUGACCAAGCUACGAGAGAUAUCCAAGCUCACGGCGCUGCAGAAGCUGAUUGUCAGUUUUAAUGAAUUAACUUGCCUAGACGAUGUUUAUCACCUGCCCUAUCUGGAAUAUUUUGACGCCAGCCACAACCACGUGAUCACCCUGGAGGGCAUUAGAGGUCUCAACAAACUGAAGCACUUGGAUUUGAGCUGGAAUCAGCUGAAAAAGACAUGGGAAGAAAUUAAUGUUUUACGGAGGCACACACCCACGGUGCUCAAUCUGAAUAUCAAGCAUAACCCGUGGCAUAAGCCAGCGUCUGUGCGGUUGAGUGUGAUCGGCCAGCUGAGGACCCUAAGUCAUCUAGAUGGUGUCCCAAUUUCUGAGGAUGAGGCUGCCGCUGCAGCUCAUUUCAUAGCAGAAUCCAAAAUCUCUCAGGUGGCUCUGCUGGAGCAUUCAAGGACAGAUACGGAGACGAUACGUAUUCUUAGUGUAUUGCCUCAUGCCAAAAUCCUGAGCCAGCUUAGCAAGAAGAAGCUGGACAUACUUCAGAACAACUGGUUUACAUUGAUCACAGCAUUAGAUCUUGACGGGCAACAUCUCAGCAAAAUCUGCAAUUUGGAAAAACUGGAGAAUUUGCGGUGGGCGUCAUUUAGCAAUAAUAACCUUACCAGGAUAGAAGGGCUGGAUUCUUGUCUUAACCUGGAGGAGCUCACGUUGGACGGGAACUGCAUCUCGAACCUCGAGGGUAUUUCAAAGCUCUCCAAACUGAUGCGAUUGAGUGCUAACAACAACCAUCUCACCAGCCUGGAGAGACACGUUUUUGACAGCUUGUUGCACCUUCACUAUCUCUCCCUUGAGAACAACCGGAUUACAUCGCUGGCGGGUUUGCAAAAAAACUCUGCACUCAUUGAACUCUACAUAAGCAACAACUACGUGUCCUCCAGCCAAGAGAUCUAUCAUCUCAAGGGGCUGAACAAUCUGGUUAUCCUUGACAUGUAUGGAAACCUAAUCGUUUGGAAGCAAGAUAAUUACCGGCUCUUCGUUAUUUUCCAUAUCCCAUCGCUAAAGGCCUUAGAUGGUGUCGCAGUGGAACCGCCUGAGAUGGAAACUGCAAAAGAUUUAUUCGGCGGCAAACUUACUUCCGAUAUGGUUGUCGAAAGACUGGGGCACUCGGACUUCAGCAAAAUGCAAGAAUUAAACUGGACAGCCUCUAUGAUCAGAACAAUAGAUCUCAUGCCACCAGACCAGUUUAAAAACAUCUACAGUGUGAAUUUGCAGAACAACAAUCUCACCUCUUUCAGUGGUUUGAUUUUCCUCCCGAAUAUCAAGGUACUCUGCCUCAACUACAAUCACAUCGAGUCCAUCCUCCCCAGACAAAAGCACCAGAACCACCUGUCAAACAGGCAGCUGCUGCAUCAAAAAGUGACGUCCAGUGGCUACGGACAGCAAGGGGCUUACAAAGCCAGCAGGGACGGGGGAUUCAACGACAGCUUAUCACCAAUAAUGCAGAAUCUAGAAGUCCUUCAUUUGGGCUACAAUGGGAUUACCAACUUGGCCCUGCUGCAGAUUAGCAGGCUAAAAAACCUGAAGUACCUGUUUUUACAGGGCAACGAAAUCAGCCAGAUCGAAGGUCUGGAGGGUCUGCAGCUUCUGCAGGAGUUGGUGCUGGAUCACAACCGAGUUAAAAUGAUCAGUGAAAACUCCUUUGCCAAGCAGAGCUCCCUGCUGGCUCUUCAUCUGGAGGAGAACCGCCUGCGAGAACUGAACCAUUUGCAGUCCUUGGUAAAGCUACAGAAGCUUUCCCUUGGCCUCAAUAAAAUCCAGGAUUUAUCAGAACUUGAAAAACUUGACUGUCUUCCUUGCCUUAAGGAGCUGACAAUAUGUGGAAAUCCAGUGUCCCGCAAGAUUUGCCACCGCCCCCUACUGGUGUUCCGCCUUCCCAGCCUUCAAGUCUUGGACGGAAUAAUGAUCAGCUCCGAAGAGCGGGCAAGAGCUGAGAUCCAUUUAUUAGAACAGCAAGUCCUGCCUAUGGCGAAUUCGCCAAUAGAGUGCGUGUUUCCUGGACUGCAGACUAUGUUGCCAAAGCCGUGUGCUGUGAGAAUAGCCAAUCUAAACCUGCUGAGUGGCUUCAGUCAUUUACACGUCCCAGAGUUUGUAGCCCCUCCAACGGUUGACGAUGCUACAGGGAGUGAGAGUAACAAAGCUAGGAAAUCUAAGAAUGCAGGACUAGGCCCAAGCAGUCUUCGGAGUGUCCAUGCAGAAGUUGCCCUCAGGCAGGCCAAAGGUGCUUCAGCGACUCUUCCGAGCCACGGGACAUCGCCAAGCGGUCCUUCCCGAACGACCUAAGCCUGCCCUCUAAUCCCAACAAGAGAAAUGAGGGAAACUGGGCAAGACUUCCGGACCAAAUAUUGUGUAAAUAGCUGACCUGGAAUUUUAACCGGGGUGAUCGCUCCACGCGUCUGAGUUACGCCGCAGAAUGUUUUGUUCCGUUUCACGUUUUUCUAUUGCAGAUCACAGACUUAAAACCAAUGAGCGGAUUAGGUUUCUUAAAGCUGACGAAACAUACGUUUUUAUGAUCAGAAUAUCCUGCAGGAAAUUCCACUCAUAAACGCAAAUGACGAGAGACAAUCGGUUGCACGAUUCUUUCCCUGAGCCGUUCAAGGGUGUUUUUAUUUUAUUGCAAAGCAGCCUUCGGCAGUAUCCAGUUUCACAUGGCAUCAAAAUUCCUCCCCUGUCCAACCCCUUUCCCCACCCAUGAGGGAAAGGAUAUGAGAUUUAUGGAGAGAAAAACAGCUGCGGAAAAUGCAAUUUUGAGCAGAAAAAUGACAGAAAGGGAAAGUGUUAUAUAGUCUUUUUUCUCUCCCCCUUUCGCCCCAGUUCCUCUGCUUAGAUUGACCAUCUCGAGCACUGCUUUGCAAACAGAAACACAGCAGAAUUUCAUCAUUGAUCUUUAGACUGAUACGUUUUAACCACUGUAUUGUGUAUCAAUGGACACUUAUCAAUGGAUUUGGAAAGUAAUGAUCCAGGGAAGUGAAUGUUUACAGUAGAUUUAAUGCUGACAAAUAGAUCUGGAUUCUCCAUUGUUACUAUUGUAUUUUUAUUGCUCAGCAGUUGUUCUUUAAUGGUUCUAGGAGAACCAUCAGUAAUUUCGGUACAGUAUGUGAUGAAAAAGAUAAAUGUAAAGGAAAAAAAUUA